GUUCGUAGCCGCCUCCUUGCUGGUGUCGGCGGGUUUGAUCUUUCGUACUGUCGUGCCUGUUCAAGCAUAACUUCUUUUGUUAUUUUGUUUAGACAACAAACUAAGACGAAUCUUGGCGAUAAGAUGUCCGGCGACCGGGCUUGCCCAAGCUACUGGCUAGCCUAGCGCUGCGACGCUGUUAUGAGGGCUGCUGUUGGUGUGUUAAGGACCCCCGCCAAUGGACUGAACUAAAGUGUAGGAUCUUAAUGGCGGGCAGCAGGCACAGCAGGAUGGCUGCGUAUGGCGCCCUUCUGCUCAUAGGGUGUGUGUUCACACCUACCCUGGCGUUGAGCCCUACCCUCAAGGACAAAACGUGUCCAUAUGGUGACUACCCCACUGAGGCGGGGAUAUGUUGUAACAAGUGCUCUCCAGGUUUUAAGCUUGUGCACAUGUGCCUCGCUGAGGGGAUGAGGAGUAACUGCACGCCGUGUCCUACGGAUCAGUACAUGGACCAGAUGAACUAUUCCCCCAAAUGUAUGCGAUGCAAGCAAUGUAAAGAGUCAAAGCAAGAAGUACAAGAGUCCAAAUGUGAAAGACACAGAGACACUAUCUGCCGCUGCAAGGACGGCUAUUACCAAUUCACCAUCGACUCCGAGACGACCGAGUGUCGCCGAUGUUCGCAGUGCGGUCUCGACGAGAAGGCAGUCCAAAUAUGCACAUCGAAAACCAACACGGUAUGCAAGUGCAAGGAGAACUACCACCGAGUGAAAAGGAAGUGUGAGCCAUGCAAGAAUUGCACAACAGAUUGCGAACAUCUCUGCAAGUUGCUUCCUUCCCACAAUCCCACGGUUUUGGAGGAGCGACAAGAUGGAUUCUUCAUCAACGUACUGGUUGGAGUGGUGGCGGCGGCCUUUAUCUUGCUUAUGCUGGUCUUCUUCGUGACCUACAUAGUCACCAAGCGCUGUAACGAAAAGACGCCCGAGGCCCCUUCGUUAGAGCCAUCUGAUGAGCUGCACACCCUGGUUAAGAAGACAGAAGAAUCAAGCAGCAACUGCAACAACAUGGCUGUUCCUCAGGCCACUGUAGUUGAAAUGGACCCCUCCAAGUUGCCUGACUGUGUCCCUCUGGAAGUAAAGAUCGGCGACCUCAUUAACAUACUGCUGGAGAUGGUUCCCGUGACUCAGGUCAGGCAGCUUGUGCGUUCCCUCGGCGUAUCGGACAUCGUCAUCGACAGGGCUUUUCAGGACCACUCUUUCAGCACCAGGGAGGCUCACUACCAGAUGUUCCGAGCGUGGGCCGAGAUGAGCCCACUAAGUGGCAGCGGCGGUCGCAGCGGAAUGCUACACUCGGCCAAACUACAGGAGCUGCUGCACACUCUCAGAAAGAUGCAUCUGGGAAGGACGGCCGAGGAGCUGGAGACAGUGUACAGCAUUCAGUAGCACUCUCUUGUGUGCCAAGUGGAAAUAUGGAAAAAAAACCUACCUGAAACCAAGGUUUUGUUCUCUGUGCUGAACUCAAUGACAUACUGGGAGAUUAGUCCAAGAUAAACGCAGUUGAUGCACGUGGAUCAAGGCGGCCUUUGUCUACAAAUGAUCUCUCUACCUCUCAGCCUGCCAUCUAUGGAAUGGAUUUAAAAUACUGAGAGAGAUCAAAUGUCUCAGGACACUUACUGGAUUUAAAGGUGGACUAUGCUGAGCACAGCUAACAUGAAAUUAGCUUAGCGUAACAUACAGUGAAAACAAAACUGUGUUUUAUAGUAACUCAUUUUUAUUUGGUGAAUGUGAAUCUUUUGGCUGGAAAUGACAAAAGAAGAGAUAUUAAUUUAAUCUUCGUCUUUAUACCAACAACACAGGCUCGUCCUCUCCUGUUAUGAAUGUAUUGAAGACUAGAAUGUUCUAGUUUAGCGCUAUUUAACCAAAAGCUGUCAAACUGUAGUAAAAAAAUAGAAAAACAUUUUUUAGGUUAAAAAAGGUACAAAUACACUAACUUUAUAUGUUUCACUUUUGCAUGUGGUGCGUUCAAGGACCAUUGCUUAAAGUUAGAAAGAGAUGUCACUUGUAUUUAAAGAUGGGGUGGCCUAGGCCCCAGCAAAUGCACUAGUAGUAAUAAUAUAAUAAUAAUGAUUUAUUAUUAUGAUUUGGCUAACGGGUAAUCUUUCACAGUUGUCUCCUACAGUGAAUACACUGCCCAUGUUCGUCUGUGUGGAUUUUUGUUGACAAAAAUGCACACUGAUUGCCUUGUUUCCUUAGAAGAAACAAUGCUCCUGUCAAAUAAGCAAUCUGUGUUAGCAGGCAAGACCAUCACUUUUCUGUGUUGUUGUUGUUGCCGAAAACAAAUCUUUUUCCACACUCUUUGUUGCCUUACUAGUAAGCAAAGCUGCUCGAAUGCCACCCUCAGAAAAAACAAAUGAUGCACAAGCCACAUUUUUUUUUUAAAAAUGCUAAAAACCAAUCCAGUUUCAAUGCGUGCAUGCUAUGCUACGCUAUGCUAACUUUUUUCGUCACUUUCCUUGCAGCAUGGCCCUAGUCACUCUUUGUAAUGUUCUGAUGCACAUGCUGAUUUUAGAAUUUAAAAAAGUAUGUCGGGACAUAGUAAUCAUGUUCCUAUCCUUCUUACUGCAAGAUGCUAGAAAGUUCCAGGAUCCUUUUCAAAUGAUGCAUUACCUAAGAAUUUUCAGGAAAAAAAAAAUCCUGUUAAUGCAUGUAUGUAUGAAAAAAGGUAAAUAGAAGAUUGCCACUUUAUUUUACCAUGAUUUGAUUAACGUGGACCCCGACUUAAACAAGUUCAAAAACUUAUUCGGGUGUUACCAUUUAGUGGUUAAAUGUACGGAAUAUGUACUGUACUGUGCAAUCUACUAAUAAAAGUUUCAAUCAAUUCCAGCUAGAAGGUAUUCAUUCUACACAUAAAAAUGAACUCAUCUCUACAGACUAUGAAUCGUUUUGGGUUUAAUUGUGGGUCUCAAAUGUUCAUUACUUUGUUUGGAACAUUGUUUCUCGUAUCAAACGCAAAGCAAUAUGAUGCAGUACUUUGUUGCAAACAGCAGAGGCGCUGUUGUUUCAGUCUCAACAUGCAGUUUUCCCACGAUAGCAAACCAUUGUUCUGCUUGGUAAAACACUGGCGUGGAAGUAGGAGUUCAGAACAUACGAACAGAGAUUUUACGAUUACCAAACAUAUUUUCUUCUCUACAAAACCACUUAAUCAAUCAUUGCUUGGACUUUACUGACGCCAUGUCCGGCUCACGUCUCACUCCUUAAAUAUGCGUAGUGGUCAACCUAGCUCUGUUCUCAAUGGGUCCUGGGCGCCGUUUAGCCUUUCUUGAAGAAAAAAUGCCCUACGCGUGUGUUUUCAGCUGUACAAAUCGUUCAGAUCGCGAAAAGGAUAAACGUUUCUUCGGAGUUCCUCGAGAAGUUAUCAAAACUGGCGGAAGAGUGCAAGAUUUUACAAACCGACGAGAAAAGCAGCACACACUUCAGUCCAAGGGAGCAGAGUCAAAGAUUGCAUGAGUUUGCAGCGAUCACUUUGUUUGUAUGAUAUGCUUUUAACAUGUAUUAUCUCCCAUUGUUAGUAUUAUCUUAAUUAGGGUCCGCACAGGACCAUUUUCAAAGGAAUCCCAAAGGGAGUCCUUUUGCAAUGGGACGAAAGGACCCUAUUGAAUUUGUAAGGUUUUAUUAUUAUUAUUAUUAUUCUUUCUUCCGCAGCUUUGCGCACUACUUUGCCCCCCUUAACAUGCUUCAAAACUCACCAAAUUUUUUACACACACUCGGGUACAGCACACUUUAGUAAAAAAAACAAACCCCAAAAAACAAAAUUGCGCUCUAGCGCCCCCUAGGAAGAAAACUGCCUCUAACUCCCACUAGGAAGGUCGUAGAGACAUGAAACUAAAACCUGUACGUAGGUCUCCCUUAGACCUACAAUUCAUAAUUUCACAUCUUCGGGCAAAAACCAACAGGAAGUUGCCAAUUUCCCCUUCAAGACAAAAAAUGACUAAAAACACUCAUUUUUGAUUUUUGAGCUGUAAUUUGACCCCCUUAAAAUACUUCAAAACUCACCAAACUUCUUACACACAUUGGGACAGUUGGAAAUUGCGAUCUAAAAAAAAACCGAACCCCAAAACUCAAAAUUGUGCUCUACAUAAUUUUUGAAAAAAAAACAGAGAAAAAACUGCUCCCCAGAGGAAAACUCAGACAAAACUGGUUGUAACUUCCGGUAGGAACGUCUUAGAGACAUGAAACAAAUACCUCUACGUAGGUCUCACUUAGACCUACAUUUCAUACAUUGACACCCUUCUGCAAAAAUCAACAAAAAGUUUGUAAUCUCCAUUUCAAAACAACAUUUUUGUAAAAAACGGUCACCAAACAUCAAACAUUAUCUCCUCUGAGUGCGUUUGUCGUUUCGGCUUCAAACUGCUACAGGAGAGAGAUUGAACCCUUCUGAUUGAAAGUUGACGACGGCGUUUUGAUUCGUGCUACCGUUUAGAUUUUACGAGCCUUCAAAGACCCGCAGCACUAAAGUUGCUCCGGUGCCAAGAAUGACAACGAAAAUGCAAUUAUUCCUUCUUUGUCCUCAAAAUUCUACACACAAUACCCUAUAAUGACAAUGUGAACUCAGACACAACUUCUUCUAACUCCCAGUACGAAUAUCGUAGAGACACGAAACGAAAACCUCUAUGUAGGUCUCACUCAGGACUACCACUGGACAAAAGUAUUGGGACACCUAGGACUAGCACCUGCCAAAAUGCGGACCCGUCCAAUGCUGCUUGCAGCUUUAAUUGUAUUUGUAUUUCUUAAACACAUGUUUACUACAAGUGUUUUCGAAAAGCACCAAGCCGGCAAGUCUAAAUAAAAGAAAUCAAAUGUGAGCAAAAGCUAAAAAAUUCAGCUUUUACUAAAAGCAACAGUGAUAAAUUAAUCUUUCAGCAUAUACACGAUGUUGACAUCUAUAGUUAUAUUUUGAUAAAGACGGGAAAAAGACGCUCCUCGUAAAGGGCACAUGUAACAGCAACAACAAACAAGGCAGUAGACGCAAAGUUAAACCAUCAAAUGCCAAACCAUGUAUAUUUAUCCGGGAGAGUUUUGAUACCAAUUUCCUUGACCCAGCCACACAAAAAUAAGUUGUAGACCUCUAUGCUUUUCCAAGUUUCCAUCUGUUUUGUCGUGUAGGAUGACGUCUGGAGCACAAGAUAGUUCGACAUGUCUGGAAAAGCGGCCUACGGAUAAUCUUUGGUAUUACUCGACAAAUCUUUUUUGAUAAAUUAUAGGGCUGUAGUCCAUUGGAUAGUUUGAUUGUUUUGCUCGUAUCUGAUCUAAGCCCCUUGCGUACUCAGAUAGUUUGCGCGCUGCUUGCUGCACAACAGCCACCUUGGCUUGGUUGACCACCACUGCUUUUCAUUUCCGGUAAGAAGUCCCGUGAUGGAAUACAAGCAAUUGUCAGUUUUCCCCUUUAAGGAAAUGUAGCGAAUGAGUAUGUUCUCUUCAGACUGUCAGGAAUGAUAGUUCUACUUUGAAGUGCAAACACUAUUAAACCAUACCUGACUCAUAUAGCUAUGGUCAAAGGUCACACAGGUGCUAAUCAUUGCCCUUUUUUGUUAAGCGAACUGUUUCUUGUUAAGCGUGGGAAGUACUCGCCAUCUGCCAAUAGAGUUUCAGCUGAUUCAUAGACUUUUAAUGUCUAAUUCCAUAUUGGACUUGUGUGGGGGAUUUAUAUUAGACCAUACCACAUCUCAUACAUGGUGAUUGUCUAAUAUGAAUUAUGUGCGGAUAGGUCACGCCUCUCUUCUAACAUGUCCUCCUCCGCCUUGAUGGCAUCCCUUUAGGCACCUUAGUUAUUCAGGUAUUAUUCACGGAAGAAGGGCCACAACUUGUUUCAGUCCAUUGUACGAGUCUAAACCUGCACAAACUUGUACACGGGCCAAUGUCAUUCCUCACACACUUUGUGCAAUACAGGUUCAUUUGUUUGUGUUUUCUAUUCAAAAGGAUCAAGUCAAAUUGUCACCAUGUCAGCAACAUUGUUUUUGUUUGUGUGUUAGCAUUACAUGUCAGUAAGUCUAAAUAAUCGUCAAGCACAUUGCCUGUCAGCAUUCCAACCUUAAGCCUUAAAAAAAUAACAUUUAUGUGUACCAUACAUCAUGUAAAAUGUUCAUUCUAAAUAGAAUAAAAUGUACAUUUUGUAUAAAAAAUACAUUUUCUAAAGUAUAUCAAUUCUAUUUUUAUUGAUUAAAAAAAACUGAAAGAUGUGCUCCAGAGAGGGAACAAGAAGCCAGAGCAAUGCUGACAUCUAGUGGGAUUUUAUUGGUAUUGCUGAAAUCGAUGCGUUAUGAUGAACAUAAAAACACCCACUUUACGCUGUUCUGUCUGUAAGUAUUGUUGAACAGAGCAAUUGUACAGUACAUUUUGGAUCACAACAAUUUAAACUCGUUUCCUCUUUUUAUUGAGGUUAUUUUUAAGUUAACCACUGUGUAAUAAAACUCCUCUCACUUUGUGAUGGAGAGGGGACAGGAAUGUAGUGACACUGCCUCCCAGGGGUGUUUUAUAGUAUGGUUCUAAAAUGCAAAUGGUAAGGGAUUGCAUUUAGAGUGGAACUUCACUUUUUGGGGGGAUUUUUUGCCUAUCAUGCACAAUCCCUAUGUGAGACAAGAACACGUAUGUCUUUUUUAUGCAUUUUAAUUUGUAAUAUACGGCAAGUAUGAGGUGGCCAACAAUACAGCUAAUGGGAGUAUGCUAUAUUGCGCCCAUAAAGCCCUGCAAAAAACAUUAACAAUACUCUGUUUGUGACCUGAAUAUUAACCAAGUAUGAGCAAGAUUCUUUAUUGUAAGCGCUAAUGCCGAGGAACUACUUUUAGUGGCGCCGUGAUUACAGAGCAGUAACUAGCUUUUGCAGCUAUUGACAUACUGAGCCUGUGAGCUGCUGCAUUGCCUCUGAGUUGGUAAAAGUGAAUUCUAGAUUAUAAAUCAUGCCUCUCACCUGUAUAGUAGAAGAUUGUGGACAUAAACCGAUACGUUGGUCAUCUUUAACAUUCAACUUGGUGAUAAAGACACAAAAAGACACUCAUUUGCGCCCACCUUUUUUAAAUUUUUUACCAGCCUGAAGAUAAUGAUUAUUCUUUAUCCAAACAUCUCAUUAGUCGGCACCCCAGUGAGAGCAGACAUUGUACAGUAAAAGAUUGUUUUAUUAUGUUCGGUAGUUUGUAUUAGCAUUGAGCAAUAGUGUUACUUGCCGCAUGUGCUUAUCACUCAGCUCCGAAUAUUGUAGCUCAUCCUCCAUAUAUUCAGGCUCAAAAAUAUAAGGUUCCGGAUCAUCAUUUGUCCCCAAGUAGUCGUCGUUGGCUCUCAUGAAGUCUGCUUUGAUUAGUAGUAGUUAUUAUUGUUGAAGAUAAACGCGAACGUUGUGGUGAUGAGACAUAAGCAACAUACGUAUGUAUUACAUGUUAUUAUGAAUGUACCUGUUACUGCAUAACAUGUAUGUGUACAG